UUCCUUUGGGCUUAAAGACAUCCAAAGUAGGAGGCCUUCUUACCCCAUGCACGUUCAUGGUAGUGAGAAUUGAGAAAGUACACGAGAAAGUUUUGAAAGAAAAUUUAUGUAGUUACUUUGGCAAUUAAUUGCCUUUGGUUCCAUACGGGCGGCAACGUACAGCUUUUAUGAAGAUAACCAGCACUGACUACCAGUAACACGGAAUAAUCGGAAAAAUGCAGAGUUUUGUCCUAAGCUGAUUUAGGCCUAUAACGUGGCCUCGAGAGAAGAACUAAAAAGUUGACAAACCAAUUAGAAAAAGUCGUGCCUGUUAGUCAUGAUAGAUUAUUUGGAUGAAGGGAAGUUUAAACAGUGUUUAGUUCUGAAUAAACCAAGGAAAAGUGAAUAUAGAACUUGUAGUGACUCUAGCAAUCUUUGGGAUUGCGCUGUAAUAGAGUUAUCAAUCUCUUUGAGUGAAUUCAACACUUUAAAGUGAAAACUGAAGAUAUAAUUUGGCUGCUGACGCUGCGCAAACAAGUGUCUCAAAGGCAACUGUCCUGUAGCCAUGGGUAAAGGUAAAAAAGGGAAACGAAAAGAUGAGGAUGAUUGGGAAAAUGACAUAGCAGAAAUUGCAAAGGAAAGUGGUAUAGAUUUGCAAAAAGAGGAGGAGCAUGUGGAUAUAGAUGAUAAAUUAACAAAAAAGAAGCAAAAAAAGAAGAAAGAGAAAGCAUUAGCCAGAAAAGAUUCUGAUGAUGAAGAAAAUGAUGUUCCCAAUAUGGAUAUCAGUGCUGCAAAACCAUCAUUUCAAGCAUUGAUGGUCGAAGAAACCUUGUCAAGCGAUGAUGAAAAGCAUUCCUCUGAGAACGAAGACCAUGUAGAAGAAAAUGAACCACCAAAACCAACAUCUGACAAGCCAAAAGACCAGGACCAGAAUGUUGCUUCAAGCAAAGAAAAGAAGAAAAAAGGGAAAAAGAAGGUAGAUGAAGAAGACCUUGAUGCUAUCCUUGCAGAUAUUGAGGGUGGAUUGGAUAAAGAAGAGAAGGGUACUGGCAAGAAAGGAAAGAAGAAAGGUAAACUGAAGCAGCAAGAGAUGGCGGAAGAGCCAGACAGUACGCAAGAAGGGCAUGAAGAAACCAAAACAGAGAUUGAUGAGUCAAUAAAGAAAAACAAUGAAGAAGUUAGCCCACCAAUGCAAGCUGUUAUGAAGACAGAAGAAAGUAUUGUUGAUGAAAACGCACCAACAAUUAAAACUGCUGCUCAAAAGAAAGCCGAGAAAAAAGAGCGUGAAAAGGAGAAAAAGAAGAAAGAGGCAAAAAAGAAAGCUGAGACUAAGAAGAAGGUGACAGAUGAUGCUCAGGAUAAGGAAGCAGGAUCACAGGCAAAUGAAAAAGAGGCAAUGGUAGAGGUGAAGGAGCCUGGGACUAUCGAGGAAGGCAGUGGUGCAACAGUCACAGUGCAGGAAGAAAAUGCUGCUGCAGCAGAGGAGGAGGAAUCUGGAGAAGACGGUGAUGAUGGUGAAGGAGACAAGAAGAAGAAGAAAAAGAAGAAGAAGAAAGUAAAGGAAGAAGAUGAAAAGAAAAAAGGGAAGAAGCCAGGAAAGGCUGCCCUCAAGCAAAUGCAAGAAGCUCUUGAAAAGCUCAAACUGGAAGAAGAGAAACUCAAAAAGGAAGAGGAAGAAAAACAAAGAGCUUUUGAAGAAGCUGAAAAACUUCGUCUUGAAAAAAUCCGUUUGGAACAGGAAAAGAAAGAACGGAAAAAGCAAAAGGAAAAGGAAAGAAAAGAGAAAUUGAAGAAAGAGGGAAAGUUGCUUACUCCUGCCCAAAAAGAGCAAAAGCGCAGAGCUGAGAUGAUGCUAGCUGCCAUGAAACAGCAAGGAAUCGAAGUACCAACAAAAGAAGUAGUUGAACAACGGAAAAAAGUAAAGUACGUGAAGAAAAAGAAGAAUCAACCGAUUCAAAGAGAAACUUCAGAAGACUCGUCGAAAGAUGUGACAGAAGGCGAAAAAGAAAGUGAAAAGGAAAGCGAAAAAGAAAGUGAGAAAGAAAUAGAAAAUGAAAAUGACAGUGUGGAUAUUGUCGAGAAGUCAGAAGAAUUGGUGCAAGAGGUUGAAACUCCUGAAGAUUUGAAAAAGGAAGAUUUGGUAGAUUCAUGGGAAGAACAUGUAGAUGAGACCCGGGAACAUCCGAAGGGGACAGAGAAGGUCGUUGAAACAAAAGAGAUUCCAACGAAAGGUGAAAGUGGACCAGAGAAUGCAGAGCCAACCAAGAAGACGGAGCAAGAAGAGAAAAGUGAAGAAGAAAGCGAGUCAGAUUCUAAAGAAGAUGAGAGCGACUACGAAAGUGACGAUGAGAGCGAGGAAGAAUCGGAUAGCAGUGAGGAGGAGUACGAAAAGUUGACGCCGGAGAAGAUCAAAGAAAGGGCCAGAGAAAGGAUAAUGAAACGAAGAGAAGAGGCCGAAGCAAAGCGAACAACGGACCAUUUAAGAUGUCCUGUUAUCUGCGUUCUUGGUCAUGUGGACACUGGAAAGACUAAAAUUCUUGACAAGAUUCGUCACACCAAUGUUCAAGAUGGCGAGGCCGGCGGGAUUACUCAGCAGAUUGGUGCAACAAUGGUACCGCUGGAUGCUGUUAGAACGCAGACAAAAAUGAUCAAAGAGUUUCUCAAGUUCGACCUCAAGCUACCUGGCUUACUGAUCAUUGACACACCUGGUCACGAAUCCUUCAGCAACCUACGAACACGUGGCUCUAGUCUGUGUGAUAUGGCAAUUCUUGUUGUUGAUAUUAUGCAUGGCUUGGAGCCUCAGACAAUUGAAUCGAUAAAUCUAUUGAGAAAGAAACAUACCCCCUUCAUUGUUGCGCUGAACAAGAUUGAUCGUCUCUUUGAAUGGAAAAGAGGUCCAACUAGCCAAGUCGAUGACACGAUAAAGAAGCAGAAGAAAAACACAAAACUGGAAUUCGAAGCAAGGACUCAGCAAGUAAUUGGAGAGUUCGCUGAACAGGGACUCAAUGCUGAGUUGUUUUACAAGAAUGUUGAUGAGAAGAGCUAUAUUUCAUUAGUUCCCACAUCAGCACACUCCGGAGACGGGAUGGGGGACCUGAUAUCACUGGUCUGCAAACUUACUCAGACUCGAUUGGCCAAAAAAUUAGCAUUUUCUCAAGAAAUUCAAAGCACAGUUAUGGAGGUCAAAGCGUUGCCAGGAUUAGGAACUACUGUUGAUGUCAUUUUGGUAAAUGGUAAGCUGAGAGAAGGUGACACGAUUGUAACUGGUGGCAUUGACGGUCCAGUUGUGACACAGAUUAGAGCCAUCCUCACGCCACAGCCUCUGAAAGAGCUAAGAAUCAAGAGUAAUUACAUUCAACACAAAGAACUCUUGGCAGCCCAAGGUUGUAAAAUAACUGGUAAAGAUUUAGAGAAGGUCAUGGCUGGAGCACCUAUCUUUGUUGCUGAGCAACCAGAUGAAAUUGAACCCCUCAAGGAAGAAGUCAAUGAAAUUGUUCGUUCAAGUCUGAAAGCAAUCAAGCUAUCUGAACGCGGUGUUUACGUGCAAGCAUCCACACUUGGAUCGCUGGAAGCUCUUCUCGAGUUUUUGAAAACUUCGAAAAUCCCGUACUCCGGUGUAAACAUCGGACCAGUGCAUAAGAAGGAUGUCAUGAAGACGUCAGUUAUGCUGGAACACGAACCGCUGUAUGCGGUUGUUUUGGCAUUUGACGUCAAAGUCGAGCGAGACGCCCAAGAUUUGGCCGACAAGGAAGGAAUCAAGAUUUUUACGGCUGAUAUUAUUUAUCAUUUAUUUGACAAAUUUACUGCAUACACAGAGGAUUACAGGCAAAAACAAAAGGAGAAACACAAGAAUCUUGCGGUAUUUCCAUGCAAACUACGCGUCUUACCUCAACAUAUUUUCAAUUCGCGAGACCCUAUUGUUAUUGGGGUUCACAUCGAGGCUGGCACUCUUAGACUUGGAAUGCCGCUAACUGUACCCGCAAAAGAGUUUUGUGAUAUUGGGGUCGUCACCGGCAUUGAGGCUAACCACAAGAACAUGGAUAAGGCAACUGCUGGCCAAGAAGUUUGUGUCAAGAUUGAACCGACAGGCGAAGCACCUAGAAUGUACGGGAGACAUUUCACUUACGAGGACACGAUUAUGAGCAAGAUUUCUCGUGAAUCCAUCGAUGUCCUUAAGAGUUAUUUCAGAGAUGAUAUGACCAAACUUGACUGGCAGCUUAUAAUUGAAAUGAAGAAGAUUUUCAACAUUAUUUGAACUAAGGACGUGAGCUAUGAAUCAAAAUAAACUGCCCAAUUUAGGAUCUUUCGACAUGCUGUUUUGUCUUCUGUUUUUGAAUAGUUGCCAUUACAUUAACCCUUCUGCUUCUGAACAGCCUAAUGCAAUAAAUCUUUGAAUUAGAAAAU